AUGGAUCUUCACCGGAGCUCGAUUGUUCUGGUGAUCCUUUCCAUUUUAAUCCCCGCGACGCUAUCUAUGCGUUACGAGCUACAGUCCGGUCACACGAAAUGCAUCUCCGAGGAGAUUCACGCCAACGCCAUGUCCGUCGGCAAAUACAGCAUCGUAAAGCCUCACGAAGAUCAACCUCUCCCUGCUUCCCACAAAAUCAUCGUCAGGGUCACAUCGCCGCAAGGAACGGCUUAUCACGAGGCGAACGGAGUGGAUUCGGGGCAUUUCGCGCUAACAGCGGCGGAAACAGGAGAUUACAUAGCUUGCUUCUCCGCCGAGUAUCACGAACCGCAAACGACGCUGACCAUUGACUUUGAUUGGAAGACGGGUAUACAUACCAAGGACUGGUCUAAUGUCGCUAAGAAGAGCCAAGUCGAAAUGAUGGAGUUUGAGGUUAAGAAGUUAUUCGAUACCGUUACUUCCAUCCAUGAUGAGAUGUUUUAUCUACGGGACAGGGAAGAAGAAAUGCACCAACUGAACAGAUCGACAAAUUCCAAGAUGGCAUGGUUGAGUCUUGUGUCACUCGGCGUUUGUUUAUCGGUGGCAGGUCUUCAGUUUUGGCACUUGAAGACUUUCUUCGAGAAGAAGAAGCUCAUCUAA